AUGUCCAAAGUUUUGCCAAAUAGUGACAGUGAAUAUCUGGAAUCUGUGUUUCUUGAUGAGGACAAAUUGUCAACAGAACAAAAACAACCUUCAGAUAGAAGCCAAGAGAUACUGGGCACUCCAAUACCAGGAACAGGCUUCAGUAAUGUUCCAUGUUCUGGAUGUGGUGCCAUUUUACACUGUGAAGACUCUACUCUUCCUGGCUACAUGAAAGGAGAGAAGUUUACUCUGAAAACUAGAGACGAGCUUUAUGAAUCUGUUUGUCAAAGAUGCCAUUUAAUAAACAAUAAUAAUUUAUGUCUAAAUGUUAAAGUUGGUGCUGAAGAAUAUAAAGACAUUAUAUCUGUGAUAAAAGAAUCCAGGUCAUUGUUGAUUGUUAUGGUGGAUUUACUAGAUAUAGAGAACAGUAUAUUUCCAAAUUUGUUAGAAUCUGUUGGAAAGCAAAAGAAACUUUUUAUCGUUGGAAAUAAAGUGGAUUUGAUUCCGAAAGACUGUCCAUAUUAUCUGAGGAAUGUAGAAGAUAGUUUGAGACAAGCUUGUGUUCGGGCUGGAUUAGAUGACUAUAGUAAUAUUAAACACAUUUCUCUAAUUAGUGCAAAGACAGGCUAUGGUGUAGAAAACUUAAUUACUAAAUUAAUAGAUUAUUGGGGUAUAAGAGAUAAUGUUUAUUUACUUGGGAGUACAAAUACUGGAAAAUCAACAUUAUUUAAUAUUUUCUUAGCAUCUGAUUAUUGUAAGUCAAGAAUUCGAGAUCACAUAAAAAGAGCAACAACAUCUGUUUGGUCAGGCACAACGUUAAAUCUAUUGAAGUUUCCUAUUAUUAAUCCUGAACCACACAGAGUUUUUAAAAGAAGAGAAAGGCUUUCGAGAGAAAAACAGAAUGAAAUGGAAACCAAAUUGCGAAGAGAAAAACUGAAAUUCACUGAAAAAUUAGAUUAUUCAGACACAGUUUUAAAAGAAGAAGAAAGCGAUGUAGAAGAAAGUGGACAAGAAUUGAUCAGUUUUAAGGGGAGCAAUACUGGAGAAAUAGAAGCUCAAGUGUCUGAAAUCAAUGAAAAAGAUGGAAAGCCAUCUUUAAGUUCCUUUUAUGAACAUCAGUUUGUUAAUGUUAGAUGGUUAUAUGAUACACCAGGUGUCAUUAAGUCAGAACAGAUAGUCAAUAUGUUAAAAGAUGAUGAAGUAUUAACUAUAACACCUAAGAAAAGAUUAACACCCAGAGUGUUCAUAUUAGAUCCAGGUCAAGUGAUGUUCAUAUCAGGUUUAAGUAGAUUGGAUUAUUUACAGGGAGAAACUUCCAUCUUUGUAACAGUUUUUACCAAUUAUAAAUUACCAGUAUUUACCAAGAACCUUCAAUCUGCUGAGAAAUUUUAUAACAGACAAAUAAAGUUUGAUACAUUAAGGGUACCAUUAGAAGAAGGACACCAUUUACCACCAUUAGAAGGUCAGACAUUUGAUAUUAUUGGUGAAGGUAGUAGAUAUUCUACAGCAGAUAUUCAACUCUCUUCAUUAGGGUGGAUUUCUAUAGCUAUUCAGAGAAACAAGAUUAUCACAUUAAAAGCCUACACACCAGGAGGAAAUGGUUGUCAUGUUCGUCAGCCAUCUUUGUUGCCCAAUUAUAGAAGUUUUCAAGGUGAUAGAAUAUAUAAAACUAACAAAUAUAAAUAUAGAUUUCCUGAUUAUGAAAAGCAAUAA